GCUAAAUUCGCGAACUAUUUGACACACCCCGACGUCACAAUUUGCAUUACCGUGAAGCGCAUAAACCAGUCUAGUGGACGUUUUUCGGCUCGGUCUGCCUGAACUGUUGCUCUGUGUAGCAAGUUGUUUGGGCUGAAAAUAACCUGUUGUAUUUUUGUUUCUGUUUUCAGAUAUCGAAAUGGCGGAAGUACAACAGUCCUUUCUUAAAAAGAUCUACGAAAAACUCAUCGAACGUCACCACAAUGACAUAAAACUUGUUUUUCAAGAUGGUUCCACAACAGGAAGUAAAAUAUGUCUGACAGCACUUUCUCCCUAUUUUGAAGCGAUGUUGACGUCUGACAUGUUGGAGAAGAACACUGGAGUCGUCACGUUACCGACAGUGUCUAAACAAACGUUUCACGAUGUGUUGAAAUUUCACUUUAUUGGCGAGGACGUCGUCAACGAUGUCAACUGUUUUCUGUUGCUUGACAUCGCUGAAAUGAUGCAGUUUGAUGCCCUCAAGUCUCUCUGUGUGUGUUAUCUGAACAACAAUCUGACACUGACCACAGAAAACUGCGUUAACAGGUGGAGAUUAUUAAAACGGUACGGCAUGGACGGUCUUGCUACAAAAGCUUUACAGUAUGUAGUUAAGAACUUUGAGGAACUUUCAAACAAUGGAUCGGUAAUGGAUCUGACAAAAGAUGAAUAUAUCCAAGUGUUGUCCCAGGAUGAUUUGUCACAGAAAGAAGAUGACGUUCUUCGAGAUGCUCUGACGUGGAUCACGGAAAAAAAACCUUCAGUUGAAACUAUGGUCGAUCUGUUCAACCAAAUCAGGUUUGAGUACGUCAGCUUCAGUUAUUUGUCUGAUAACAUCGAUUUCACAAGCUUUCUUACGAAAUAUGAUACAUUGCAGCAAAUAGUUCAGAAGAGUAUCGAAAGCCACAGUUUCCUUAAGGGAAUAAACCCUUUUAUUGACAACAGAUUUUUAGGACGAACUGUUAACGCUAUGUUCGUUCUUACUUGUGGUCCAGUCAUGUCUGUCGCAUGCCUAACUGACAAAACCUGGUACCGGUUGCCACCAUCUGGCAAUUCGCUAAGUUUAUGGUUCACGGGUGCAGCCUUGGGAAAAUCAAUUUACAUUACUGGGGGAUCUUACAGAGAAACGUCAACAACUGUAUACGACGUAUGGGAAAAGACGUGGAGUUCGGGUCCAUGUCUCAAUUAUGAACGCUUUGAACACUGUAUGGCUGUUCUAGGCGACACAGUGUACGUCAUAGGAGGGAAACGCAACAACACUAUAGAACAGCUGCGUGUUGGACAGGACAAGUGGCAGGUGGUUGGAGAUCUUGGGUGUAGUCGGCGAGAUUCCUGUGCUGAAGCUGUUGGAACAAAUAUUCUGGUGAUGGGUGGAAAAAUGGAUGGCAGUGAAACAGAUCAGGUGCAUUGCUUCAACACAAGAACACGUGCUGUCUCCACGAUCAACAUAAAGUUGAAAAGUGGUAUAGUGACCCGAUCAUACCUGGUUAUGCCAAAGUUGUAUCUAUUACAUUGUGGUGGCAGUAUUGACGUCAUUCACAUCGACGACUCAAACAUACCAACAUUAAGAGCAGAACGAGUUGUAGAAAUUGGUGCCAUCGGACUCCGUUUUGGAUUUGGGUACAAAGAUGGCAGCAUCAUUGUGAUUUCCGAAAAGGGACUAGAAAAAGUGGACAUCAGAGAUGGUUUCAAAGAAUCCAUAAUCUUCGAUAAUACACCACACCUGUUUAUUAUCUGUGGUGCAUUCAGCAUGCACCUACCACGUUUCUGUUUGCAGGAAAAUGACACAAUAAUAUGAACAUAAACGAUAGAAGAACGAUGCUCAGUUUCGUUUUCUGUGAUCAGCUAUACCUAAUGUUGCUCAUUAUUUGAAUCUAUUAGGGCUUCUAGAAUGUAUACAAAUUCCACUAGCCAUGUUAUCAGUGAUUAAAAAAAAGUACUAGCCACUAUUAAAAAUUCACUAGCCCAACUUU